GCUUUCUCGUCAACAUCGUCGAUAUAUCUUGCGUUAGGUUCCCCUCUCGGCGCCGACUUGAUUUAUACGGCUGCUCUACAUCAGCAAAGCCGCACAAUAUGCAGUCAAAACAUGGACAUUGGACCAUCAGGCUCGGCUCGCGAGCUGUCAGUUUCGGCAGAGUGACGUGAAGCUAGUGAUCUGGACCCUGCUUUUCGGGUUUUCCCUGCCCAUGUCGACCCGUUGAUAGUAAGUAUUGACGUUGGAAAUGCGUAGCUGUGUUGUUGUUUUCACAUGUCUGCCUUGUGCUGACCGUGAAAACUUAUUUUUAACGAGGUGGGCGCCUCGUUUGGGAAGCUUGUCAAGAUAUAACUUGCCAAUGAUCCCCGUUGGGUGACAUUGCUUGAGCCUCCUCUCUUCUGCGAUCUUCAGGUUCUUUCUCAUCUGCACGUUGCGCAGUCAUCAAAUCGAAAUCACAAGAUGCAUCGCCCGCAGGGUGACAGCGGCAACGUCAUGUCCAAGCCGUCGGAUGACACCUUGCACGCCAAAGCCAUUCAGGAACACGACCACCAGCGGAAUGACAUGGACAUUGAAGCCAAUGAUGCCCACGUCAAUGAGCUCGUCAGGCCUUACAGUCUCGAUCUUAUCCGUUCAGCGUCAAGACUUGACUCUGGUAUUAACCCGUUCCUAUCGGACCACCCUGCCCUGGACCCAAGCUGUCGCGAAGAGUUCAACGCCAAGAAAUGGGCCCGAGCCCUUCUACAGCACUCAUAUCACCAUCCCGAGGACUACCCAAGACUCGAAGCUGGAGUGGGGUAUCGCAACCUGAGUGUUCAUGGGUACGGCACCGACACGGACUACCAGAAGGAUGUUCUUAACGUCCUCUGGCAAGCACCAAUGAUGAUCAAGCAAGCUCUCAGCAACCGUCGCCGAAAAAUUGAGAUCUUGAAAGAGUUUGACGGAAUCAUCAAGAGUGGUGAGAUGCUCUUGGUUCUGGGCCGUCCCGGUAGUGGUGUUUCUACCUUGCUCAAGACGAUCGCCGGUGAGACCCAGGGUCUUCAUCUGGGGGAUCACUCACACUUCAGUUACCAAGGCAUUCCGAUGGAAACUAUGCACAAACGAUUCCGCGGUGAAGUUAUCUACCAGGCCGAAACUGAUAUCCACUUCCCUCACCUCACGGUUGGGCAGACGCUUCUUUUCGCCUCACUGGCAAGAACGCCAAAGAACCGACUCCCUGGCGUCAGCAGGCAGAGAUAUGCUGAGCACUUGCGUGACGUCGUGAUGGCAGUCUUUGGUAUCUCCCACACUAUCAACACAAAGGUCGGAAACGAUUUCGUCCGUGGUGUCAGCGGAGGCGAGCGCAAGCGCGUCAGUAUCGCGGAGGUUACGCUCAGCCAAAGCCCUAUUCAGUGCUGGGAUAACAGCACUCGCGGUUUGGAUAGUGCUACUGCGUUAGAGUUUGCUCGGACUCUGCGGUUGUCUACUGACAUGGCCAAGACUUCGGCCAUUGUGGCCAUAUAUCAGGCUUCGCAGCCGGCGUAUGAUGUAUUCGAUAAGGUCGCGGUCCUCUACGAAGGUCGACAGAUUUACUUUGGCUCCACGGCGCUGGCAAAGCAAUACUUCGUCGACAUGGGCUACCGCUGCCCCGACCGCCAAACUACCGCUGAUUUCCUCACUUCCCUCACGAACCCCGCAGAACGAGUGGUUCGAGAAGGAUUCGAGAAUAGAGUUCCCAGAACGCCAGACGAGUUUGCAACUGUGUGGAAAGGAAGUGAUGUCAGGGCACGUCUAAUGGAAGAGAUAUUUGCCUUUGAAGAGGAACAUCCCCUCGAUGGCUCAGGGGUUGACAAGUUUGUCGCAACGCGCCAGGCUCACAAAGCAUCUCUUGUGACUCCGCAAUCACCUUACACCAUUUCCAUGCCCAUGCAAAUCUGGCUCUGCAUGACGCGUGGGUACCAGCGUCUCUUGGGAGACUGGCUCUUCUUCGUUGUCACUGUUGGUGGCAACUUGAUCAUCUCUUUAGUUCUUGGAAGUAUCUUCUUCGACCUGCCCUCUGACGCAUCGAGUAUGAACUCUCGUUGCAUUCUGUUGUUCUUUGCGAUUUUGUUCAACGGUCUCAGCAGUGCUCUUGAGAUCCUCACGCUGUACGUCCAGAGACCCAUUGUCGAAAAGCACGCUCGCUAUGCUCUGUAUCAUCCCGCCUCCGAAGCAAUCUCUUCCACAAUUUGCGAUCUUCCUAGCAAGAUUUUAUCGACAUUGGCCUUCAAUAUUCCUCUCUACUUCAUGGCAAAGCUCCGCCAAGAGGCCGAUGCCUUUUUCAUCUUCCUCCUCUUCGGCUUCACCACCACACUUUCUAUGUCCAUGAUCAUCAGAACCAUUGGCCAGACGUCCCGUACCAUCCAUCAAGCCUUGACGCCAGCCGCGAUCUUCAUCUUAUCGCUCGUCAUCUACACUGGCUUCAUCCUCCCGACCCGCGACAUGAAGGGCUGGCUCCGCUGGAUCAAUUACAUCAACCCCAUCGCCUACGCUUUCGAGAGUCUGGUCGCCAAUGAGUUCAAUGGUCGGCAGUUCCCGUGUCCCUCAUUUGUUCCGGCCUACCCGAACGCUGCGCCAAACGAGAGGACGUGUUCGGUCGCUGGUGCUGCACCAGGCGCAGACUUUGUUGACGGUGACUUCUACAUGAAUGCCACUUUCAGCUACUACAAGUCUCACAUUUGGAGGAACUUCGGCAUUCUGAUUGCCUUCAUCGUCUUCUUCAUGUGCGUUUACUUGCUCGUGGCGGAGUACAUCACCGCAGACCGCUCUAAGGGCGAAGUGUUGAUCUUCCGGCGCGGUCACUCGGCCCCAGCACUAUCGAAGAACUCAUCCGACGAAGAGACUGGCCAACCUGAACGCGUUUACCAACAUGAGAAGUCCGAUGGACAUGCUGCUCAGUCGGCAACUUCCCUCUCGCCUAAUUUUUCUUGGCAUCUGCUGUUAGUGAAUGAGUGAGCCUACCACCAAAUUACUAACAGCCGAAAAC